UGCUCCCAUGGUUUGAACAAACCUCUGACAUUUCCAGUCUGGCUCCUGACAUCAUGAAGGCUCUUUUGAUUUUGUUUAUUUUAGUGAAUCUGGACAAAGGAUACUGCACAGAAACACGAGACCAAGUUCUAUCAAUCACCCCAAGAACACAGGAACAAGUGGACAUCUUGAAGAAUGUGUCCACCCAACAUGAGACAGUCUUAUGGCAGCCGGUUUCACCUCAGUACAUCAAAGAAGAGAUGCAGGUCCACCUGUUUGUUCCUGCAAACAGCUCAGAGACUGUCAGGGAUCUGCUACAGAGACACACCAUAACACACCAGGUUUUACUGGCCAACGCCAAUGAGUUGAUUGAAAUGCAGAUGAAAAACGAUUCCACGGAUCCACGAAGCAGCUUAACUUACUACGAGAGAUAUCACAGUCUGGAGGAUAUCUAUCUUUGGAUAAACAGGACCACACAGGAAAACCCCAGCACGGUCAAAACCAUUCUCAUUGGCUCCUCAUCUGAAAAGAGACCCCUGUAUGCUCUAAAGUUGUCUCUAAAUAACAGACCAGAUAAGAAAGCAAUGUGGAUUGACUGUGGGAUCCAUGCCAGAGAGUGGAUUUCUCCUGCUUUUUGCUUAUGGUUUGUACACCACGCUCUGUCACAAUACAAGCAAAACCAAGACAUUACUAACAUAAUGGACAACAUGGAUGUCUAUGUCCUGCCGGUCAUGAACCCUGAUGGAUACCAGUACACAUGGAGAAAAGACAGGAUGUGGAGGAAGAACCGUUCUGUCAGCAGGAGCAGCCAUUGCAUUGGAGUCGACCUCAACAGAAACUUUGAUGCCAACUGGUGCACGGAGGGAGCCUCUCAUGAUCCUUGCACUGAGAUUUACUGUGGCGCGUACCCCGAGUCUGAGCCAGAGUCGCAUGCCGUGGCCAACUUCCUGCGCAGUCACAAGGAUACGGUUCAGCUCUACCUCAGCAUCCACUCCUACUCUCAGAUGCUGCUCUUCCCAUACUCCUGCACCUUGGAUGAAGCAGAGAACCACAAAGACCUGCUUGAGAUGGCAGAAGAAGCUGCCCAAAAAAUCAGAAGAUACUACAGAAAUAACUACAAAUAUGGUGCUGGAGCACAGACAAUAUACCUAGCUCCAGGUGGUUCUGAUGACUGGGCAUACAACCUUGGCAUCAAAUAUUCCUUCACAUUUGAGCUCCAGGACCGUGGGUAUUAUGGCUUCCUCCUGCCGCCGUCUCACAUUUCCAGGGCCUGUCGUGAAGCUCUGACUGCCACAAAGACCAUUGCUCUCAGAGUUAUAGAGAAAACGCAAGCUCCAACAGGCUCUCCUCAAACUGCCUAAGCUGUUACACCUGCCAUUAAGGCUGAACGUUCAACAUAUUCUUCUAACGUGUGUUUUGGCUGUCUGUUUUGCAGAGACUCCUUUGAGUGUUUGCAUACCAAACAUUUGCUUAUGAAUGGUGCAGAAAAGUAGCUGUAUUUUAUUGAGCAAGAAACUUUUGUGGACAGAAAAACGUUUAAGUUAAAAAAAAAACAAAACAAUAAACUGAUGAUUGAAGCUGCAGGUUAACUGUCAGUAUUUUUCUUCUGUUUAUUUUUACUUACUGCAUAUGUUGGGUGAGUAACUACAACAUAAAUAGUGUUAACAGCAUAAUCUUUUUUU